AUGCCACCAGUAAGCAAAUAUGUUCGUAAGUUGCAAAAAAAUAUAUCAAUCGCUUGCCAAAUAUUACAAAAUAUAGAAAAUGCUGAAAGUAUUGAAGGUGAUAGUGAUAUCAGUGACAAUGAAGUGCUUGAAGAAAAUGUGUUUAUGGAUGAAGAAAAAGCAGAAGCAUGUGAUGAUGAAGACCAAAAUGUAGACUGUAUUGAUACAGAAAAUAAUCAGCAACAAAGUAUUGAGAAUAAUCAGCAGCAAAGUAUCGAUAAUAAUCAGCAGCAAACAAUAGCACCUAAUGCAUUAAAUGCAAAUAAAAUGAAUCUGUAUCCUGGUGGUAAUCAACCAUUAAUGUGUUCAACAAUUUGGAAUGGUCAUGAACAAAAAAUGGGUUUUUCUUUCGAUUAUAAAAAAGAAGAGUUACAGGUCAAGCAAAAG